AAAAUACUGGAAUAUAUGGAGGGAUUUCUUAUCUCAAAGACGGUGUUCACGUCCUGUGAGCUCGGUGUGUUUGAUGUGUUGCUGGGUGCAGAGCGCCCCCUGUCUGCAGAGGAGAUCAGUCAGGCGAUCGGAGCCAGUCUGGAUGGCACACAGAGGCUGCUGGCUGCCUGCACAGGCCUGCAGCUGCUCAACACACACCAGGACUAUGGACAAGUGUUUUACAGUAACACAGAGCAGGCCAGUGUCUACCUGACCCGCUCCAGUCCUUUAUCUCUCUUCCAGUCCAUCCAGUACAGCUCCAGAACCAUCUAUCUGUGCUGGCAUUACCUGACUGAUGCUGUCAGAGAGGGAAGAAACCAGUAUGAAAAGGCUUUUGGAGUCAGUUCCAAGGACCUGUUUGAAGCUCUCUACAGGUCUGAUGAGGAGAUGGUGAAAUUUAUGCAGUUAAUGAACUCCAUUUGGAACAUCUGUGGUAAAGACGUGGUUACGGCCUUUGACCUUUUGCCUUUCAAGAUCAUCUGCGACCUUGGAGGCUGCAGUGGAGCAUUAGCCAAGCAGUGCACGUCAGCUUACCCAGAAUGCACUGUGACGAUCUUUGACCUCCCCAAGGUGGUGCGUAUGUCGAGGGAACACUUUGUCAGCGAGGCCGACCAGAGGAUAAGCUUCCGCCAAGGGGACUUCUUCAAAGACCCCCUGCCAGAGGUCGACCUCUACAUUCUUGCCAGAAUCCUCCACGACUGGACAGACGAACGCUGCAUAGAGCUCCUCAGUAGAGUCUACAAAGCCUGUAAACCAGGAGGCGCUGUGUUGUUGGUGGAGGCGCUGCUCCAUGAGGACGGCUCCGGCCCGCUAACAGUGCAGCUGUACUCCCUCAACAUGCUGGUACAGACGGAGGGCAGGGAGAGGACAGCUGCCCAGUACGCUGCCCUGCUGACUGCUGCUGGCUUCACCAACAUCCAGCACCGCCUCACUGGGAAGAUCUAUGACGCUGUGCUGGGACACAAAGAGACAUAAGAGAGAAAACCUGAGCUACUGUACCAGGACUGAAAGAUUACACCGCCUGAAAUUACUGUUAUUAUGUGUGUCCUCUUUCUUCUUUGUAUUCUUUUUUAUUUUCACCUUAGGUAUUUCCAAAUAUGAUAAUAUCAUAUUCUGUAUCAUAUUGUUUAAGCUAUAUGAUGAUGAAAUUAGUGUAAAAUAUUGAAACACAAGGCCCGUUUUUAUGGGCUCCCAGUUCUAGAUACUAUAUGUUCUGAAUCACUGUGCAUCAUUUUAUGCAGAUUCCCUAUAAUUUUGCAUAUUUGGAAACUUUGUGAUCUAAAAUAAAUAAGUUCUU